AUGUCGUGCUGUGAGGGCACCCGGUCGCUGCACAAGCGCUACAAAAUAUCACUAACCGGCGGUGGGCAGGGUACCGGUACGGCGGUACCAUCAUCGACCACAGACGUAUCACCACCAGCAUUAGCAACGGCAUCAUUAUUAGGCCCAUCCACAGCGGCCCCCCAGCCGGCAGCGUUCGGUGCGCUGGCGAAUGAUAGUAGCCGCGUGUGCGGCAUGGCGAUCGCGGACCUUACCACGCGCCACAGUGAUAGUAGCAGCAGCAGUACCCGCGACAGUGGUUUUAGUAUAAGCACUACCAAAAGUGACCCCCGGUUGAGUAGGAAUAGCGAUAGCAGUAGUAUUAUCAGUCCCGCCCGCACCCGCCGAAGGACGACCGCGACGACGGCCACCAGCAGGCAGCUAGCGCGGGUACGAUGGCCGUCCGGGCAUUGCAGGGCCGGCAUCGCCCGGCUGUUGGUAGUUUUUGUAAGUAGCGUUCUGCUGUUCGUGCACGGACCGAUCCGUGCUGGUGCGGUGCUGCUCGACACGAACGGUGGCGUCGGUGGACCCGGCGACGGCAAGGCACCGGUGCAGGCGUUCGGCGAUGAGCUGGGCGGCGUUAAUUUGGAACGGAGCAUAGCGGCUGUGUUUAGCCGCGUGGCUUACGGUUCCACCACCACAACGAAGCGUAGCAUACCGGACAACGUGUACGUGCCGAGUUUGACGACCGUUUCCACACCGCUGCUAACCACGUUUAGGUACGAUAACAAGAAUAAGGACGCGCUGGGUGGUUCGAGCCCUGGCGGCAGUCCAGGCGAUAAGGACUCGCACUACAACCAGCAGCAAAUCAGCGCUAACCAUCGGAACUACGAGUUGGAUCUUGAGCGGGACCAUGUGCUGCCAACGUCGGCCCCGAACGCGGAGAUCCUCAAGAGCAACAGUAAUCCGACCUACCCGAACCCGAACCGGCACCACAACCACGACCGCCACCGGCACUCGAACUCUACGCCAUACCCGCACGGUCACAACGCGAAAAAGGGCUUUCCGACUAAUUCGAUGUUUUCCGGCGAUAUUCCAGCGUAUUCACCACCCUCGCGUACCUUCUUUACGCCUCCACUGCCUCGUAAUUACACGAAUCCGUUCGCCGACAAGCCAACGCUGCGCGGAACGAACAGUGACAGCACGAUCAUCAACACGGGCACCUACGCAAACAGACGGCCACUGCCACCGCCAAGCUUGAUGCCUGGUCACGAACGAAUCCCAAUGCGCCCACCGGAUCUAGUCCCGGGUGCACCCGGUACCGGUGGUCUCGGUGGUGGGGUAUCGCCCAAUGGCGGCGGCCCUCCAAAGGUGGCAGGCAGUCCGGAUCUCGGCGGUGGCAUGAUACCACCCGGUGCGGCCGGUCCAUCUUCCUCACAAUCGAUGGAAGCACAGCGGAAGAAGGCCCUCAACACGCCCUCCGAAAAGUCAAACAAGCUGGAUGCGGCCAAGGGUUACGAUGGGAACAAUAAGCUGUUCCUGCUGGAUGAGAACGCCAACUCGAGUGCCAUACUACCGAACGGUAUGCACUUCCCGUCGAUCUCACGCAUCCUCUCUGGCUCGAACGGUCGCCCGCAGAUGAUACCGGAUGUGCUGCUGCGCUCGGUAACCUCGGCACCACGUCCCAACCAGCCGGCGUACGAUCUGGGCGCUGGUACAGGUGGUACGACCUCACUGAGCAAUGCCAAAAGUCCGGGAGGAGCGUUCGGAAAUCGACCAGUGGGUUUGGACGGUGACCGCGACCGGGAUGGGUUAACCAAUGGUGGUGAGGGAGGUGCCGGCUCGGACGGUGUCGGAGGGGAUGGAGACGGCAGGCGUCAUUUCGAUGAUGAGGACGGUGAAAACGAUGAGGAUGACGAGGAUGAUGAAGAUGAUCCGUUUGAGGAGGGCGCAGCGCGACAGCAACCGCCCGGCAGUACAUCCAAUGUGGCCACUUCCACCGUUUCGUCGAUGCACGUCCAAUCGUCCUCGUCAUCGCCGAUCACUCAGCGUAUGCCGAACCUGAACCUCAAAUCGGUCAUGAUCAAGAAUGCCACCGGCGAGGAAGCUGGCGGUGCGGGCGGAGCGUACGGGAACGAUCGCAACUUUCAGGGUGAUAUAGCGGACAUCAGCACGUGGACGAUAGCAUGGAACAUACACGUCUACCUGUCGGCGAUCCUGUUCACCAUACUGGCGGUGUACUCCAUCUUCAAGAUCAUCUUCUACGACAAGCUGACGCACCUGUUCUCGCAGGCGUACUUCAUCAGCAUCCAUCUGAUCCUGAUCAUCAUCUGCCUGUUGCGCAUAUUCUACCUCUGCUACGACGCAUACAAUAUGCACUUCAGCUUCAAUCUGUUCGUGUCCGAGCUGCUGCUGAACCUGCCGCUCACCUUCCUCACGACAACGUUUGCGAUCUUGAUACUGUUUCUGUUGCUGCGCUCGAUCAACCACAAGACGAACCGGUACAGCUCCAUCUUGCGGCCGCUCACCAUCAUCAUCGGUUCGGUGGUGCACGUCACACUCUGCAUCACGCUGCACCUGGUGGAGUCGUACGAGACGAAACAGUUCUAUCACAAACAGCACCAGCUGCAGCUGCAAAACAAACAGCUGCUGGGUGGAACAGUCGGUGGACGGGGUGGUGGCCAUGCACCGCCCACCAAUAUCCAGAUACCGCCGCGCGUUCUUUCGCUCAUCUGCCAGAUUAUCUACAUCUUCAUCUGUCUCAGUCUCGGCAUACUGUAUCUGUACAUGUACCGGCUGCUGAAACGCAUCCUUCACAAGAGCCAGAACUACAUCCACGGAUACAAUAACCUGUCGUACGCGAUUCACAUCACGAUUGCCACUGCGCUGCUGUUCAUACUGCUCGCUGCGCUGCAAAUCUACGGUGCCAUCAGCAUUAGCUCGCAGACGCGCGUGAAACUGUCGCCAAGCAGUGGACUUCCGGGCGAUGGGCCGGGUGGACGGCCGGGCGGUGGCGGAACACUGUGGGCAUCCCACAUCGAGAUCGAUUGGUUCCAGUGGGGCUAUCAGUUCAGCAUACGGUUCAUUGAGAUCGUGAUCGUCGCACUGUUGUCCUGGGUGACCGGACUAAAGACGGGCACGUCGAAGGUGAUACAGCGCGAGAAGGACAUGGAGCAACCGAACGCGAGUGGCUUUGCGCUGUUCCCCUGCACGUCCUCGUCCAGCCAGGAGAACUUCGAAACGGACUAUCCGGCCGUGUGCAAUACGAAUCGUAACCUGCACACGUACACGAUGCGUACGGGCAAACCGAUCUACGACGACAACUUUGCGCUGAACUCGCUCAAUCUGGAGCAGAACAACCAGCAGGAUCUGCAGCUCGGUCCGCCGGGUGUUGGCGGUGGCAAUGAGUUCCAGCGCUCGCUCGAAACGAACAGUAUGCGGUCGUCUUCGCACAACUACAGUAACAACUACAAUGGUAGCAACAGUAACAACGAACACGGUCAGGAUCCGGCGGAUGAUUUCCUCAACGAGACGGAACCAAUGCCGGACCAUUACGAGAAUCCCAACUUCGAGCUGAAGCAACAUCAUCAUCACCAGCACAGUGGUAGUGGCGGUGCAUCGUCUAACCAAUACCACGACAUUAUGGACAAUUGCUACUCGGAACCGAUCGGUGCUCCGCAGUACGAUACGAAGUCGUUGCGCGGUGCUCAACCGGGUGGACAUCCGAUGGCUCCACCGCACCGGAACUACGACUUCCAGAACUUUGAGCGGCCGAACUUUGACCCGCAGCAUAUGCCGACGCUCCCGCAACCGUCCGCACUCAGUGCGGCCCAGUCAAUGGCACGCGGUGAGUUCCGUGCAUCGAAAAACCUGAAGACGCUCAAGAGCGGCCAGUUGCAGAACGAUCUCGGCGGUGGUGGAGCGAACACGAUGGGACACCAUCAUUACAACCACCACGGUAACAUGCCACCCGGCCCGGGCGAUUCGUUUGAUCGGCGGAUCGGUGUGCGAAAGAGUGGCACGCUUAACAACAUCGGUGCGAUGCAUUUUAACCAGCAGCAUGGUAGCGGCCGUAACAACAACUCCAACUCGUCCGCGUCCUCUUCGUCGGCAUCCUCGAAUAACCGGGUGGUACAGCAGCAGCAGCAGCAGCAGCGUCGCGGCCCAAUGUCCGGCGCGCAAACGCUCAGCUCUGCCCAUCAUCAUCCGCAGCAGCAACCACCGCAGCCACCGCCGCAACAUCAUCAUCCCGCCGGUCACGGGUUUCCACAUCCCGGCAGCUUCAACGAUCGGUUGCUGAACGGUGCCGGUGCGGAUUCGCUGGAAAGGAUCGCUCACGGGCAGGAGGGUGGCAACUACGAUGAUAACGGUGUCAACGGUUACUAUCACAGCAAGAAGCGGUCGCGCGAAUCGUCCAGCUCGAGCUACACGGGCGGUGGUCCGGUACCGUACGCGACCAGCAACGAUCACCAUCCGGCGCAUCCCGGCCACCCGCACCAUCAUCCGCAUCAGACGACGGAUUCGUCUUCGUCGCCAACGGCCAGCAUCGGUAAUGGUAGCGGAAAUGGUACGCCAACGGGUGCGCCACCGAACGGCACGGCGACCGGUGUGCUGCCGGGCAAGAUGGAACGGGCCCAGGACAAUGGCAGUAUGCUCGUGGCCGAACAGGGGUUUGUGCGAUUCCGUGCCCUAGAGGAACCGACGUUAGGUUCGCGGACAAACCUACGCGAUAAGGGUGGCAAAAUGUUUAUCAACUCGUAA